AGAAACAUGAUGAAGAUUAUCAGUUUCGUUGCAUCAGUGCGUGAAGAUGAAGCUCCUAAUGUUCUUGGUUUUGUCUAUCACUUUAUUUGGAUCCUUCGUUGGGGCUUUCGCAAGCCCCAGAGUUGUUGGCGGAAUAGAAGCGAUUCCUCAUGAAUUUCCUUACAUGAUCUCGCUGCAAUGGCAGGACCAACCGGAUCCAAAUAAUCCCGACAUGAAGCACUUCUGUGGCGGAACACUCCUCAAUGAGAGAUGGGUAUUAACUGCUGCUCACUGCAUAAAUUUGAUAAGUCCACAGACUGACAUUGUUGCUGGAGCUCACAAUAUUGAGAAUCCUAGUGAAUUUGAACAGAGGCGAAUCGCCAAGCGGAUGAUCAUUCACGAGCUGUACAUGAAUGAAACUGGUCCUCAUGAUAUCGGCUUGAUUGAAGUCAGUCAACCUUUCAAGUUAAGCGAUAAAGUCUCUACUGUGAAUUUGCCUGCUGAAGAUUCUUAUUAUCCCACUGGAGAAGCCAUCCUCUCCGGUUGGGGAUCAACGUCAAAAUAUUACGUCCCAGAAUAUCCUGAUGUACUGAACAAAGUUUGGCUUCCCAUUCUUGACUCGUACUCCUGCCACAAUAACUACCCCGAAACUCCAAUGCAUGAGAUGAACAUUUGCGCCGGAAAUCAUAUACAAGCCAUUGCGGCAUGCAAUUUGGAUUCAGGAAGCCCUCUCGUGAAGCAAAACAAUCGUGGAGUGACUGCAGUGUAUGGAAUCACAAGCUGGUCUUGGUUUCCAUGCGCCAAGCCUGGAAAGACGGGAGUUUUCGUGAAUGUGACUUACUACAAGAAAUGGAUUUUGGAAAGAAUUAAUUGAUUUUAAUAAAAACUAUUUAUUCACUGACAAA